UUCACAAGCAAUUUUUCACACUUUGACUUUGUGCAUGCGUAACUCGCAUCGUUUCUCCAAACACUUUAAAUAAUACAACAAUCUCCCUAUUAUAUAGAGAGUUAAAGCUUUAUGCGGCAGGAUCCUGAAGAAUAUUCCCCCGGUGUCAGGAGCUGAAUGAGUGUGGUCGGUAUCAUGAAACCCAAUGUGACCUUCGAAGAAGCGCUGAAAGAUUCUCCAAAUUUUAGGUCCACCCUUGAAGAAGCAGAACAUGGCAUCGGGGAUCUUGAAAACAAACUUGAGAGGAUGGUUAAACUGUGUAAUACAAUGGUGGACUCUGGGAGAGCCUACAAUUUAGCUGUGAGUGCCUUCAUCCAGGGCGUUAAGGAGCUCACAGGACACUUUGCUGGAGAUAACCUCGUUCAGGUUUAUUUGAUGAAGUUCAUCCAUGCCUUGUCAGAGAUGCAGAGCUUUAGAGUGACAUUGGACGAUCAAGCUCAUCGCUCGGUUUCCAAAGCGCUAGGAUUAUUUAUGAAGGAAGAUUUGAAGAAGGUGAAGGAGACAAAACGAGUUUAUGAUCGCAUCAGCGAUGAUUUAGACAGCGCCCUCACGAAGAACGCUCAGGCGCAGAAGACCAAACCUAGCGACAUAGAGGAGGUCAACAACGUACUAACAGCCACUAGGUCCGCCUUCGGGCAUACAGCACUCGAUUACGUCUUUCAGAUAAAGUUGGCUCAGUCUAAGGAAAGACAUGAAGUACUAAACACGAUGUUAUCCUUUAUGCACUCUCACUUCACAUUCUUCCAUCAAGGAUUUGAUCUUAUGAGAGAUUUACAACCAUCCCUCAAAGAGCUUGGCACACAGCUUCAGAUUCUGAAUGACCGGGCCAAAGCAGACAAGAAGGACAUGGAAGGAAGACACUCACUGGUCCAGAAAAUGGAGUCUUUGUGGAAUGUAAGGUUCACCGAUUCCCCCGGUCGAACCACUAUGGAGGGAUACCUCUUCAAGAAAACCAACAACGCCUUCAAGACGUGGCACAGACGUUGGUUCACAGUCAAGGAUGACCAGCUUGUAUAUCAGAAGAGAACAAAAGGAGGAAUAAGCAUCGCUGCCGAGGACCUGAGACUCUGUAAUGUAAAACCAGUGGAUGACAUCGACAGACGAUUCUGCUUUGAAAUCGUUCUGCCUGGCAAGACCAUUUCCCUUCAAGCAGACAACGAAAGUAUAAGAAAAGCCUGGAUAGAGGCGCUUCAAGCCGGCAUAACCUCAGCGUACUGUCUCUCCCCAACGCUUCAAAGACCUCAUUCAGAGGGAUCUUUCAACGACAACCCCAACCCUCAUCAAGAAUCUUCCACCCAGCCUGUCGCAAAGAAACGGUCUGAAAGCUUCAAAUCCAAGAUCCAGUCCCUUCCCGGUAACGAUAAAUGUUGUGACUGUAAGAAUGAGAAUCCCACGUGGUGCAGCAUUAAUCUGGGGAUCACUUUGUGCAUUGAGUGCUCAGGUGUGCACAGGAGUCUAGGAGUUCAUGUUUCCAAGGUGAGGUCAUUAACCUUGGAUUCCAUGGAGCCGGAGACACUCAAGGUGAUGUUAAACCUUGGCAACAAUCUCGUCAGAAGUAUCUUUGAGGCAAGAGUAGACGAGACGGUGGCGUUACCAGCCUCUCCUAACUGCAGCCCCCAAAUCCGUAAGAAGUGGAUCUUAGCCAAGUACGAGACCAAGAGCUUCAUCUCAAGAGUGCCGGGAAGCUUCCGCAGCUCGAGUCUCCGCCCCCGGACCACCAGCCGAAUACCCGAAAAAUUAAACGAUAGUGGCAUCGGUGGAAGUAGAGACGCUAUCCCAGCACAGCCUGGAAAAGCAGAUGAAGGGAGUGACAGUUCAGAUGCAGAGGAGCAGGGAGCUGAUGCCAUUAACAACAUGGAGGAGGAUGUAGACAUCUCCCCUACUCAACUCCUCUUCCAGGGAUCGUCGAGUGGCAACGUUGGAUUGAUGAUGGACGCCAUUGCUCACGGAGCCAAGGUCAAUGAGAUGGACACAAACGACAACAUGAGAACGCCGAUGCAUAAAGCCGCCACUUCGGGUAAUCUUGGAGCAUUGGAAUAUCUGUUACUCAAUCGAAGCAAAGUUAACGUGAGCGACGCUAACGGAGUAACGCCUCUACACAUAGCUACCUCUAAAGGAAAUGCAGGAAUGGUGUGCUUGUGUUUGAAGAGGGGUGCAGUACAAACGGCUAAAGACAAGGAUGGACAGGAUCCGCUAAGUAUAGCCAUCACAUCAGCCAAUGCAGAUACUGUAACAUUGCUACGUCUUGCCAGAUUAAAUGAAGAAAUGAAGGAAUCGGAAGGGGUCUUCGGCAAUCCAGUGGAAGAUGACGAGACAUUUCAAGACGUCUUCCGAGACUUCACAAAUCUCGCUUCCAAUAAUCCCGAGAUGUUGUCAAAUCGCAACUUCCAGGAGGACGAGAAACCAUCUGAGUCGGAUACUUGAAAAGAGGGAAACAAGCUCAGAAAAACGGAGAAUACCAACAAAAAAAAUGAUCAGAAAUACUGAAAUUCUCUUUAGAGGGAUUAACUUUGUGUCAAAGGUAAAUUGUUUAAAAUGUGGUCACCCAGGGAAUGGUCUACUGAGUGCUCAAUAGUGAUAGACCCCUUGCAUGUGACCGAACAGCGCCCUCUAUGAUGUCAAAGGAAGACCUAUCAUGGCUGGGGAGGUGUGCGAGAGGUGUACACACGCUCAGUACAUAUUUCCUUUGUGUGAGCGCAGCAAUGGUGGCCUUAUGCAUGGAGUCUGUUGAAUGGGUGGUAGAUUUGUGUUUCUUCAAGCUCAUGAAUUAUGCAUGAAUCAAGCAUGAAUAAUACAUGAUCUUGUGAAUUAUGCAAUUCAGUCUUGAAUACGGACAACCACAUAAAGUGAACUUAACAUACACACCAAGGUGACUAAUAUGUAUUGAAUCAAUGUGGGUCCAAAUCAACAUAAAUCUCCUUGGAUGUUUGGCACAGACUUUAACAGCAUUACCAUGUGUAACUUAAUUACUCUUGAAGCGCCCUCUGUUGGUAUCAUCUGUGUUCCAGAAAAAGAAAAAAAAAUCAUGUAUAUACCUAUAUUUAUACUACACUAAACAACAUUAAGUAUUAAACAGUGGCCUUACUACAGAGUUAUGAAUUCAGAAUAUUUUCACAAAAGCCAUAAUGACGAAGUGUACAAUAAAUAAAAAAUAACUCGCAAUAGAUUGGCUUCUACCUGCUGUGGAUGGGCAGAGGGCGCUGUUGGUGUAACUAAGGAAAAC